CAAAUGUGUUAAAACCAUUCUCCUUUUGACCGGUUAACCCCAAAACCCCAUGGUUUGGUGUGCCGAGUUUUGGCGGCAGCUGCUGCCUGCAGAUCUGGGCGGACGCGGAAGUGUUGGAAGUGCUCCCAGGAUUCCAGGAGGUGUAGCUGCAGCAACCAGCCAUGGCAACGAUCUCAAGGGCGAUGAAGGCAAUCUGGCUGUGGAGCAACGUAUCAUCCGUGGUUCAGAGGCUCCAGUUGGACGAGCAGCGGCAACGAUGCAAGCAGUGGACCAGGACGUGAAUGCUGCCGCGGAUGCCUUUGAUGCUCGCUGGGACGCCUGUGUAUCCAAGUGCAGCCUGAUGUGAAGCUACGCAGCUGUGAGGAGCUCGAGGGAUUUCCGGACUCUGCUGGAGAAUCUGGCGGAGAUGGCAUGGUUUCGAGUUGGACCCCUUGACGGAUUCAGCGCCCCCUCCCAAUGAUCCGCAAGAAGAACAGCAUGUUCCACUGUUCCACCCAAAAUGUGUCGGUUUCACCAUCCUAGUGCUUCAGGGCUGAGCCUGUACAGAUGCCCACAACAGACCAACAGCGAG